GAUCAUUCUGCGGUCACACCUCUAGGUACAAAUUGGCACAAACAACAUCAAAACAACAUUAACUAAAAAUGCUGUAAUUCUCGUAUAGCCUCGAAUAAACAUUGUAUGCUUGAUGGAUUUCAAAAAGGAGGUGGAAGACAACCUGCUCCUGCUCAUUGAAAACACUAGGCUCUUCAAGCAAAUGGCCGACGCUCUUGGCGAUUGCGAUGCGAAGGGCGAAAUUAAAAGUUUCCUCGAAGAAAGCGCCAGGCUGCGACUGAAUAUGUGCGAAAAAGUGAUUCAAAUGGAACAGGAGCAUAAAGACGCGUGCAAGGCCAUAGAACAGGCCAAGGGCGAGAGUGCCACUCCGGAGGAGCUCGUACAAAAAGUUGAUGAACUCAAGAAGGAUGCCGCUAAAAAAUCUUCCAAUGUGAAGAACACAACCAAAUACAAAGCCUUUAAGAAAGAAAUGGAAUCCUAUUUGGCCGACGCCACUGAUCCUGCUGGCGAAGGUGAUUGCAGUAUGUCCGAAGUUGUGCAAACCGGCGGCGACGUGUUCUCCCUACACGACCCGUGGUCCAUGAUGCUGAUGAAGGAGCCCGUGCGUAACAAGAUGUGUGGUCAUAUCUACGACAGUGGAUCGGUUAACGCCAUGAUCAAGAAUAACCUCGGUAUUCGCUGUCCUGUAUCGGGCUGUGCUAAUGAGCACUACAUUCAACCCUCCCAUUUAGUGAAGGACCUCGAGGCUCUAGAGAAGCUGCGUCGUCACCUGUCUGCGCAGGAUUUAGUCAUCGAUUCUGACUCUGACGAAUCUGAUUAGUAGCGUUUUAAUAUUAGGAUAUACAGAAAGUCCAACAGAAGGCCAAGGAGAAUGUCUACUCUGUGGCCUCCAGUCCAGCAAAACAUGACUAUACAUUGCACUACAUGAGCGACUCCUUAUUGUGCUGCCAUCAGGAUUAUCCUUUAACCGAAGCAGGUUCAGGUUAAGAUUAGCAUACACAACAUAUAAUAACCAUUUUGUAAAAAUUUGUUAGGAGCCAAGUAUUUGCUUAUCAAUAAAAGGCGUAGCAUACUUUCGGGGUGCUCAAUACAGUUAUCA